GUCUCGCAUGACAACAUUCCAGUGCAGGGAGGCUGGCUCGCCACCGCCGCUCUCACUCCUUACUCGCUCCUCUCUUUUUCCAAUUUUCCUUGCGUCACGUGCGGUUGGUAAGCGUUGGCGCCGCGUCUGGUUAAUUGUAGGCUGCAGCUGUUUGUAUCUUUGACGUGAGCUCAAUUUCUACCUCAUAAAAUGGCGCCUGACAAAGAUAGAGAGACAGUCUUGAAGGACAGGGAAAAUGUUCGAGUGGUGGUACGAGUUCGCCCACUGAGUGAGAAAGAAACCCAUUCCGGCUAUAAGAGUAUGGUGGAGUGUGAUGAUCUCAACUGCUCUCUCCUAGUCACCAACCCUGAUGCACAGGCUGGUGAACCUCCCAAAGUCUUCACCUUUGACUCCGUCUUUGGCCAAGAUUCAAAACAGGUUGAUGUGUAUAAUUUAGCAGCCCGCCCCAUCGUAGAGAAUGUGCUUGAAGGAUACAAUGGAACUAUAUUUGCUUAUGGGCAGACUGGCACAGGCAAGACUUACACCAUGGAAGGUGUCAGAUCGGUCUCAGAACUCAAAGGCAUCAUUCCAAAUUCAUUUGCACAUAUAUUUGGGCACAUAGCAAAAGCUGAAGAAGAUAAAAAAUUUUUAGUACGAGUGUCAUAUUUGGAAAUAUACAAUGAAGAAGUCCGUGACCUUCUUCGACAAGAUCAGUCUGUGCGUUUGGAGGUAAAAGAACGACCCGAUGUAGGUGUUUAUGUGAAAGACCUUCUUACCCAUGUUGUUCACAACGCUGAUGAGAUGGACAGGAUCAUGACUCUUGGAAAUAAGAACCGAGCGGUAGGAGCAACAAACAUGAAUGCCCACAGUUCCCGAUCACAUGCAAUUUUCACAAUCACAAUAGAGUGUGCUGAGAGAGGGUUAGAUGGCAAACAGCACUGGCGAGUUGGUAAACUUCAUUUGGUUGAUCUUGCGGGCUCUGAGCGACAGAGUAAAACUGGAGCAACGGGUCAGAGAUUGAAAGAAGCCAGCAAGAUUAACCUGUCCCUUUCAACUCUUGGGAACGUAAUAUCAGCUCUUGUUGACGGAAGGUCAACACACAUUCCUUAUCGUAAUUCAAAACUCACCAGACUUCUCCAGGACUCAUUAGGUGGCAACUCUAAAACUGUCAUGUGUGCCAAUGUUGGGCCAGCCAGUUACAAUUACGAUGAAACCAUCAGUACCCUCCGGUAUGCUAAUCGUGCCAAGAACAUCUGCAACAAAGCCAAAAUUAAUGAGGACCCUAAGGAUGCUCUUCUCCGUAAACUUCAAGAUGAGAUUAAGUCAUUAAGAGAUCAGCUAGAAGAUGAAGAUGAAACAGAUGACUCUGAAGAGGAGGAAAUGGAAGGAGAUGAGAAACCAAAGAAGAAGAAAAAGAAGCUGAAGGAGGAGGAGGUUGCAGCCAUACGAAAAAAAAUUGAAGAGGAACGCAAAAUGCUUGCAGAACGAAAAGAUCUUGAAGAAGAAGAAAGAAAUAAAGUCAAGAAUGAUUUGGAUAGACACGAGAAGGAAGUAAAGAAGGCAUUAAAGGAACAAGAAGCUCUAAAACAGAGAUUACAAGGCCUAGAGCGGAAGAUUCUAGUCGGAGGAGAGAAUCUCUUGGAGAAGGCAGAAGAGCAAGAACGGCUUCUGGAAGAAUCUGCCAAAGAACUAGAAGAAAGGAGGAAGCACGAGGAGCAACUUCGCCAUGCUAUUACACAGAAAGAGGCCGAGCGGAUUGAUUUAGAGGAGCGGUACACAAGUCUCCAGGAGGAGGCUGCUGGCAAGACACGUAAGCUAAAGAAAGUGUGGACUCUCCUGAUGGCUGCCAAGUCAGAGUUGGGAGAUAUGCAAGCAGAACAUCAGAGAGAGAUGGAGUCACUCCUCGAGUCGGUGCGACACCUGUCACGUGAACACAAGUUACACCAGUUAAUCAUUGAUUCAUUUAUUCCUCUUGAAUAUCAGGAAAUGAUUGAGCGUUAUGUUCACUGGAAUGAAGACAUCGGAGAGUGGCAGCUGAAGUGUGUGGCUUACACAGGGAACAACAUGAGGAAGCAGCUGGAUAAUGGGGAUGCUGAGAAAGAGAAUCAGAGCCAAGAUGGCGACAUGUGGCAGGUGUACCAGACCUACAGUCCUGACGUAUAUUCUCAACCCACUGCCAAGCCUCGUAGAAAGAGGUCAGGCAUUCCACGACCAAAGCACAGUAGAUCUGCAAGAAAAUAUGAUAAGUAGCUAAGUGUUUUACAUAUGCCUGUUACUGGCAAUCAUUAAACAAUGCCUAAUUUUCAUGGAAAAUAGAUCAUAGCAGAUCUCUACUAAUGAAGUGAGUAGAUUUUAGUUUUUUAAUGUACUGUAAUUAUACAAAAAUGUGUAAUCUGAAUUUGUAGUUUUCCUUGUGUCAUACCAUACUUUAAAAGGUAUCACACUAAUUUGUAUAAAGUAUAUAUAUAUAUCAUGUGAUCUUUUUCCCACUAUGUGGGGUGUAUAGUACUUUUGAUGUUUGUCAGUACAGUAUAUAUCAAGUUAAAUUGAGCUCACAAGAUUCAGUAGUUUAUUGUAAUAACUUAUAAUUUAUUAUGUUUUUCAUGUAUAAUCAAUCUAUUUUUGAUAACUUUAUAGUUUAUUUAAGUGGUUGUCACAAAAAUAUGGUUCCAGUAAAGAUGAAUUAAAUUAAUAGGUAUUCUAUUUAAUUACAAUAUGUUAAUAAUUAUUGUUGUAUAAUAAUUGUAUUCUUGUAUUAAUGGUGUCAACUUAGGCAUUAUGCAAGCAACUCCCAGACAUGUUUCCCAGUUAGUGAUGUACUGUAGCACCGUAUUAGUGUGGAAUGGAUACUGUAGGUGUUCUCGGACAUCACUGGCCGAGAACAUCGUCUUGGCCAUUACUUACUUUUCACCACAUUUUUCACCUUCCGUCAUUGUGAAAAAUACAGUUCACCACAAAAGUCUAGGAAUUGUUUGUGUGGUAUAUUCCCUUAUUUCAUUGCUAGGUAUUGACUCCCAUUAAAUUAAAACAAAACAAAAAUAACUGGAUUUUAUAUGCAGUACAGUAUAAAAAAAAUUUUUAUGCCCAAUAUUAUAUCGAAUAUAAUAAAAUUAUAACUAACUGGUCAUUAUACAGAAGACAAUAAGAUUUGAGCCAGUUGCACUCAUAAUGUAGGCCUGAACUACAUUAGGCCUUAAGCUUUCUGUUGGUCUGGAAGGUCUUGUAUGGGAUAAAUUUGACCUAUAAUAUUUGGUAUUUGUCAAUAGCAUUAGAUAUUUUUUUCGACUUCAUUUUUUGAACAUUUCUCAGCUUUAUUAGGUUAAAUUUUUAAAAGCAUUUUCUGGAAAUUGUAUCUUCAUUCCUUGACACUAACUGUUAAUUUAAUAUUUAGUACAGUUGUACAGUGUCAUUUCAUUUAUCUGAAUCAAUGUGUGGAUGUACAGUAUGAUUGAACAAAAAGGCCACAUAAAGCAA